AUGAGCACGGAGCCCGUUCUCGGCUCGCGUGGGGCCAAGCUACCAACGGCGUUAGAAAUCCCCUCCAAACGCAAGCCUGUAACCCCAGCACCUGGGAAUCUGACGCGGGAGAUCCAGAAACCCAGGGCAGCCGAGCUACUGGAGACACCUUGUCUCAAGAUGACCAAAGUGGAGCAGGAGCUCAAGCGGCACAGUGCCAGCCUUGAGAGCAAAGCACAGGGCCGUGCCCGUGGGGGUGGAACUGGGGGGGGCCUGUUUGUCCCCCGUCGCUGCGGGGUCACUGAGUCCCAGUCCUUGUCCUUCUGCGCCCCCCAGGUGAAACAAGAGCUGGAAGAGAAAGAAAACCGCAAGUUCUCCAUUUUCAAAGCUCUGUCUUUCAAGAGCCAGGUGGUGUCAGGGACGAACUACUUCAUCAAGGUUGACGUGGGGGGUGAAGAAUUUGUGCACUUGAAGGUGUUCCAGAGCCUGCCUCAUGAAAACAAGCCCCCAGCCUUGUCCGCCUACCAGAGCAACAAGAGCCAGCAGGAUGAGCUGGCCUAUUUCUAGUCCCACCACGCCAGGGGGCCGGAAGGAAGUGUCGGGUUGACCUCUGGGGUGCGGGCACCUGGCUGAGUUGCGUCUCUUACUUCCGUCCUGUCCUCAAUUUCACUAUUGAUUUUCUUUCUCACAGUUAAUGAUCGUUAUUUUCAAACUCAAAUAUAUUUUUUAAAGUCAA